AAACAUCUGUGGACAACAUAACAUUUGAUUCGGAAUUUGAAUGGUCAGGUCGAGGCGAAGCAGGCAGUAAUUCUCCGCUCCCUCUCCUUCUCCUCCUUCACGGCAAAACCUUAAACCCUACUCAGUGUCUAUUUCUCUCUCUAUCACUUCAUUCAAUCCCAAACCCUAUAUUUAACAAUCAUGCCAAAAAAAAAUUUCCCCCCAGUGACCAAAAGGUCCAAAAUCCAUUAGCCUAUUUCUCUCUCUUGUCUCUCUCUCUCUCUCUCUCUCAAUGUUAACUACUAUUUCAAGGAUGAAGUCUCUUGUAUCUCCACCAUUUUCACCCAUUUUCAAGGCCACACCUUCUUCCCUCUUCUUCUCUUUACCCUCUAAUUUCAAAUUUCUCUCAUUUCCCACUUCUCUCACAAGUUCAAUUUCUCUCUCCCUUAAUCCUCCUCCUAUGCUGUCAACUUUUCCAAUUCAAAAUCGAUGUCUUCACUCCAAUUCCUCUCCCUCUUUUUCUUCCUCCUCCGGAGAGAUUCACGUUAUAGUUGGCCCCAUGUUCGCUGGAAAAACCACCACGCUUCUCCGUCGCAUCCAGUCUGAAAGCGGCAAUGGCAGAAAUGUAGCAGUUAUAAAAUCAAACAGGGAUACAAGAUAUGGUUUGGAUUCAAUAGUGACACAUGAUGGAGUGAAACUGCCAUGUGUGGCACUGCCUAAUUUGUCAUCAUUUAGACAAAAAUUUGGCACUGAUGCAUAUGAACAGCUGGAUGUGAUUGGUAUUGAUGAAGCACAAUUUUUUGAAGACCUAUACGAUUUUUGUCGUGAAGCUGCUGAUCAUGAUGGGAAAACUCUAAUAGUUGCUGGUCUGGAUGGUGACUAUUUGAGGAGGAGUUUUGGUUCCGUCCUUGAUAUAAUUCCCCUAGCUGAUUCUGUAACUAAGUUGACUGCACGGUGUGAACUUUGUGGAAAACGGGCCAUCUUUACCUUGAGAAAGACACAGGAGACACGGAUAGAACUUAUUGGUGGGGCUGAUGUGUACAUGCCUGUAUGUCGACAGCAUUAUGUCAGUGGACAAGUAGUUGUUGAAGCUGCAAGAAUUUUACUAGAAUCUCAGAAGGCUGAAUGUGGCUCUCACAUGUUUGUACCAGAUUCUUCUUACUAGGAUACAUCGAUGGUAUUAUGUUGUUGGACAUUGCAGCAUGCUAACGAUGAAACAUCAGAUGUUGAUAAAGAUGUAUGUUGCGCAUAUGUACCAUGUUAGGAUUUCUUGCUUAUUGCUUUCUGACAUAUAUAAAAGAGGGAAAAUCAGAGAGCAUCAUCUGUAGAUUUCAAACAAUUGAAUUUAAACCAUGAUCACUCUUACUGCUC